CUCAAUUGGCGGCCGCAUAUCCGGCUGUCCUAGCCGGCAAUCUAGAGUCAAACUAUCUACUCCGUCCAGAGUUCACCCAGAGCUAGUCAGGAUGUAAUAAAAAAGCUCUUGACCGGUUCCCUCCAGUCUCAAAUUUCUUCCUCACUUACUUCCUCCCCAUCGCAGUGCCCGUCCCCAGAGGAGGUGAACAUAACCAUGCGCAGUUGGAUUCCAAUCGUCGCAGCUCUUGCUGUCCUAUCACCAGCAACAGCAUCUCCCACUUUCAUGGACCAGUGGGAUGUCCUCGCUGUCAAAGCCCUGGGGAACCAGAUCCUGUAUCACUACACAAAUCCAGAAGCCAGCAGCACCUGUACUCCUUACACUGCGUCGGCUCGCAGAGAAUGGGGAGCUCUAUCCAAGAAGGAACGCCGCGAGUACAUCGACGCCGUCCUCUGUCUAUCCUCCAAGCCUUCAAAGUCCGACCCCUCCUUCGCUCCUGGGGCUCGCUCCCGCUACGAUGAUUUCGUCGCGGUGCACAUCAACCAGACGAUGUUCAUCCAUUCAACGGGCAACUUCUUAACCUGGCACCGCUAUUUCACCUGGGCCUACGAGCAAGCCCUGCGAAACGAGUGCGGCUACACCGGCUCCCAGCCAUACUGGGCCUGGAACAAGUACGCCGACGACCCGGUCAACUCGCCUAUUUUCGACGGCUCGGAGUACAGCAUGUCAGGCGACGGCUCGUUCGUCCCGCACAAUGCCACCGAAGCCGCGCCGGGAAUCUUCCUGAAGCCCUCAAACGGAGGCGGCUGUAUUCAAUCCGGCCCAUUCAAGAACUUCACCGUCAACCUCGGCCCCCUCAUGCCCAGUCUCAAGAUCCCAGGCCUCGUGGCGCAGAACGGCACCGGCCUGAACUACAACCCCCGUUGUCUCCGCCGAGACAUCUCCAAGCAGGCCGCGCAAUGGACCACAACCAAGCAGGUCGUGGACCUGAUCGUCAACGAAACAGAUAUCUGGGACUACGAGACGACCAUGCAGGGCGACUUUCCGCGCGGCUUCCUCGGUCUGCAUAGCGGGGGCCACUAUACCAUUGGUGGUGAUCCUGGUGGUGACUUCUUUGCCUCCCCCGGUGACCCGGCUUUCUUCCUUCACCAUGCGGCGAUUGACCGGGCGUUCUGGACCUGGCAGAACCAGGACCCUGCGAAGCGCACUUAUGUGGUGAAUGGACCGACUGUGCUUCCUGGAAUUGUUGACUCGUCGCCGAAUGCUACGUUGGAUGAUAUCGUGGAUAUGAGUGCUGCUUUGGCUCCCCCCAAGACUAUUCGGGAGUUGUUGGAUACGACUGGUGGGCCCUUCUGUUAUAUUUAUCUGUGAGGUGGUGUUGGUUUGAGGUUUGAUGGUUAGAAGAUGUUUUGUAUAGUAUAAUAAUUUUGGGGUCGCUGGCCGAGUGAUCAAGGUUGAUGUUUACCAAGAAUGAAUAUCUAUAGAUGG